AUGGCAAUGAAUCCUGAGGAACCUCAGACUGUAAGAGACGGUGCCCUCCUUCCAACAGAGAAGAGGUUUUCCUGUACUGAGUGCGGGAGGGGAUUCCAUUUUAAAUCCAAACUUAUUGUGCAUAAAAGAUCUCACACAGGGGAAAAACCAUAUUCCUGUACUGAGUGUGGGAAGUGUUUCCAAUUUAAAUCUGAUCUUAAUGUGCAUCAGAGAUCUCACACAGGUGAGAAGCCGUAUUCUUGCUCUGAGUGCGGGAAAUGUUUUUCAGAUAAGUCCAAUCUUAUAAAUCAUAAGCGAUUGCACACAGGUGAGAAGCCAUAUUCUUGCCCUGAGUGUGAGAAAAGUUUUUCAGAUAAGUCCUGUCUUUACAAUCAUCAAAGAUUGCACACAGGUGAGAAGCCGUAUUCCUGUUCUGAAUGUGGGAAAUGUUUUGUACAAAAAUCACAACUUGUCACACAUCAGAGGUCUCACACAGGGGAAAAGCCGUAUUCCUGUCCAAUGUGUGGGAAAUGUUUUUCAGAUAAGUCUCAUCUUAACAGACAUGAGAGACUGCACAUGGGGAAAAAGCCAUAUUCCUGUCCUGAGUGUGGGAAAUGUUAUUCAGCAAAGUCACAUCUUUGCAGACAUCAGAGACUGCAUACAGGUGAGAAGCCAUAUUCCUGUUCUGACUGUGACAAAUGUUUUCUUCAAAAAUCAGAGCUUGUCACACAUCAGAGAUUGCACACGGGAGAAAAGCCAUAUUCCUGUCCUGAGUGCGGGAAAUGUUUUUCACAGAAGCAGACUGUGAGGGAUGGUGCCGUCCUUCCAACAGAUAAGAGGUUUUCCUGUGCUGAGUGCGGGAAGUGUUUCCAGUUUAAAUCUGGUCUAAAAGAGCAUAAAAGAACUCACACAGGAGAGAAACCACAUUCCUGCCCUGAGUGUGGGAAAUGUUUUUCAAACAAGUCCUAUCUUUCCAUACAUCAGAGAUCUCACACGGGGGAAAAACCAUAUUCCUGUCCUGAGUGUGGGAAAUGUUUUUCAGGCAAGACACCUCUUUACAGACAUCAGAGAUUGCACACAGGUGAUAAGCCACACUCCUGUCCUGAGUGCGGGAAAGGUUUUGUACAAAAAUCAGAACUUGUAAUACAUCAUUGGCUUCACACGGGUGAGAAGCCGUUUUCCUGUCCUAAGUGUGGGAAAUGUUUUUCAAAGAAAUCAAACCUUGUCACACAUCAAAGAUCUCACACGGGGGAGAAGCCAUUUUCCUGUCCUACGUGCGGGAAAUGUUUUUCAGAGAAGUCCUCUCUUUCCACACAUGAGAGAUUGCACACAGGAGAGAAGCCGUAUUCCUGUGCUAUGUGUGGCAAAUGCUUUGUAAAAAAAUCAAAACUUGUCAGACAUGAGAGGUCUCAUACGGGGGAAAAACCUUUUUACUGUUCUGAGUGCGGGAAAUGUUUUUCAGAGAAGUCCAAUCUUAACAUACAUCAGAGGUCUCACACGGGUGAGAAGCCUUAUCCUUGUUCUGAGUGCAGGAAAUGUUUUGUAACAAAAUCAGUUCUUGUCAAGCAUCAAAGGAGUCACACGGGGGAAAAGCCAUAUUCCUGUCCUGAGUGCGGGAAAUGUUUUUCACAGACGUCCGGUCUCUACAAACAUCUAAGAUCUCACACGGGGGAGAAGCCACUUUCCUGUCCUGAGUGCGGGAAAUGUUUUUCAGACAUGUCUAGUCUUUACAGACAUCAGAGUUCUCACACAGGGGAGAAGCCGUAUUCCUGUCCUGAGUGUGGAAAAAGUUUUUCCCGUAAGUCCAGUCUUUCCAGACAUCAGAGAUCU